UUUAAUUGGUCAGCGAGAGGGACGUUUCUUAUUUUAUCAAAUGAAAACGCUCUUGUAGCAUUUAUUAGGAAACAGAGUUCGUUACAUGUGUGUAAAUGUGUGCGUUGAGUAUGUUUCAACAGAUCUGCGAACCGCUGCCGUUGCAUGAGUGUUCAAAUCGCUGAUAAUUACCCGGAAAAAGAUAGAAUUUAUCAGUAGAGAGGAUCAUUUUCAAUCGUCCGAAUGAUGUGGUGAGUUCAAAGGCCUCGUUUGACAGCAAAAGGAUAAGCGAUGCAUCCAUCCGCACAUUGAUCGUCGUUUAUUCCUGUGUACACAAGCCACCAUGUUUCACGGUAUUUUUGAAAACAUUGAAGAGGUCCAGAAUAUCCUAGCCUCUCAUAGUCUCGAGCCCGUUGAUGGAAAUCGCAUUUUCGAACUACUCGAAGUUUACAAAACAACCGAAGCAGUCGUUAAAAUACUCAUGAAAUCGCGGAGCAGACCAGAACCUGAUCUUCUAAUGAACCCCUGGGCCAUAAAGGCUGGCACCUCGACCCAGCGCGAAGACCGUUCUAACCGCUCGGGAGUUUUUACCUGCCCCUCGACUGAGAUUGACAUCACACAUUCAAGCGACGACAUAGAAAUCAUUGAGCACAAAAUUAUUCGCCCCGUACUUCUGGCCAAGGGUUCGAACGAGCCGGAAGUAUUAGACCUCGAGAACUGUCAGAUCAACAAAGACAUGCCGAAAGUUAUAAAUCGCGAACCGGAAAUGUUACGGUGCGCUGAGAAGGUCAAUUAUGAUCAUAAAAGACCGAAAGCGACCAAAGAAAUACAUGAAAAUUUGAAAAAAAAGGCAAAUUGUAAGGUGGAGAAAUCAGCUGUAGAGAACGAAGCAGCGAAUCAAGACGCUGGAGAGAUGGAAAUAGAAAUGGCAGAUGACCUUUCUACUGGUUUAACUAAAUCUGUUCUGGAUCCUACCAAAGAUGGCCUUGCGGAAACAAAAACACAAAGAGAAGGUGCCGUUGAUAGUUCAAAAGAUAUGUUCGAUAGCAAAGGUGAGGAAAUUGAUGAAAACAAUUCAGAGUCAGACUCUGAGGUCGAGAUGGACGAUGAUUAUUAUAGACUAGUUGAAUCAGAUAAUUUUGAAGAAUUUGAUGAGUCACGUGACAUAGUAUCGACACCUCCUAAUCCAAUUUUGAGACUGACCGAUGAAGCUGUGUUUCCGAAUUUCCAACACCAAAACACUGAAGCAUCCCAUUUCGGGCAGGGUGAAAAUCGUAUCGAGGAAAUGCUUGAGGAGAAUAAUAAUGAUCCCAAUAAUAACUUGGAAGAUAGUGAAAUACUCGAUCAAAACAUUCUUACUUCUGUCACAAAAUAUGACUCUGUACCUCUUGAGAGAGAUGUGAUUGAGGAAAAAUCAAGCAGUCCAAAACCCGGGUGCAGCAAAGAUUCGUACUACACAGAUUUCGAUGCUCGCAUGGCCCAAGUAUGCGAAGAUAAGACAGAUGUCAAUCCCACUAAGACUAUGAGUGAGAAAUUGACAAUCAAGAAGAGAUCGCAAGCGUACAAAGAGCGCAAUUUACCUGCUGCAAAUAAUACGCCACACAAUGAUGCUACGAUGAUCCGUGAUUUGAACUCAAUAAAAACUGUUCUACCUGGUUAUUCUGAGAAGCAAAUAAUGUCGCUUUUGAUUAAAAAUAUCGAAGCUAGCAAUAGAAUUGAAUUAGUGCUAUGGGAUUUACUGCCCGCUGAAAGACCACUGCCAAUUCUUUGUACGAAACGUAAACUGAAGGAGGAUGCCAAUCCGUCUUCUGUUAAGAAGUUCUUACAGGACGAAUGGACGUGCAAUAAAGAAAUCAAGGAGACGACUGCAACUUCAAUGGAAGCACCAAAAACAGAAUUAAUAGAACCACAAAGAAAUGGGAUAGUGAAACCAGCCAAACUAAAACUUCUUCAUGCUUCAAAAAACACUGUGCAACCAGCAAAACUGCCAUUUGCGAAUUCUAGCUCACAUCCACAGAUUCCACGGCCUUUAAUGCCGAAAUCUGGCAUCAUCCUGCAACCCAGCAAACUCAACCAUUUAAAGCGCCAAGCAGAAGAUGAACAAGCUAAAAAGCCAAAAACUUUGAUCGAUGAAUUCGAAAAUUUGACAAAAAGCUUUUUUCCACAUUAUGUUGACCUAUCAACUGCAUCUGUUAGUAGCAAAAAUACUGGCGCUAUAUCAAAAAAAUCCACAGGAACAAAAUCUACGGUGCUGGAAGACCAGAAUGAUUCGCUGAAAAGAAAGGUUGUCACUGAAAUGCCGGCCGCUUCAACGAACUCUAAAACAAUCAAAAUAAACCAUCAUCGCAACGAUGCUAAUUUUUCCGAUUCUAGUGUAAAGUCCCGAAGUCGCGUUCGUCCCAAGCCCGAACCUGACGUUAUAAUGUUUCCUCCAGCACAUAAAAUGAAGAGCAAUGAUCGUCAGGUGAAUGGUGUCGCACUGCCGAAAGUUGAGAGUAGGAAAACACAGUUGCCGCAGGUGGCACCGCCUCAGGGAAAUCUUGUAGUCGAAAUGCUACAAGAAGUUGAACUUUCACUGAAAAAUACAGCAAUAUUGCAGAAGCAGGUAGAUUUGGUAACCCAUACCAAUCAUCUGACAGAUGAACAAAGAAAGCCUCAAGUUUCUCUACCUGCCAGAAGUCCUGACGUGCCAAGCAUUAAUCCUUUGCCUAAUAGUACUCUGGGAGCAGAACAAGUUGAACCUGCUAUCAGGGUUCGUCAGGGUGAGAAAUCCGAUGUUCAACCACCCAAGGAGUUGUUCAAUCCGUUGAUCAACAUUUUUCCAGACGUCGAUCCGAACCAUAUAGCAGAUUUGUGUAACGAGGCCAAAGCAAAGAACCAGAACUUGGAAUACGUCGUUGAAAUCUUGCUGGUGAAUGGGUCCAGAUAUCCUCGCAUUGUCAAUCCUGAUCCAGAGCCACAGGAGUUGAAUCCCGAUACUCAAUACGAAAAUCUUCAAGGAAUAUUUCCUGACGCUCACCCAGAGUAUUUGAGAGACAUAGCAGAAAGAUACUACAAUGAUCCUGAGGCUAUGAAAAAUUUUGUCCAGGCAAAUCUUGAAGUGCCCGAUUAUCCGACAAUGGCUGAUUAUCAAAAGAAAAUAAAAAUUACUGAACAAAUACGUCAGUACACCGAGGAUUUUUGCAUGGAAAAAUUUCUUGAGAUAUUUCCAGAUCCCUUCGCCCAUUUUGAGGAUAGUAAACGGAUUUACAAAUACAACGUCAUCGCUUUCGAGUUUCUGAAAUCUCUUUUCAGAUUGAACAAGGUUACCACAAUACAGAGAGCAUACAAAUCUCCAAAGCACCCAUAUCACAUAAGUUUGGCCGCCAAAGAACUUACAAUCAUAGGCCCGGAUAUGAAGACCAAACGGGGGGACAAACUAAUUCCUACCGAAGAUAUUCCAUUGCUGCAAGAGUUUGCUUUCAUACGUCACAAGAUAGCGAUAAAGGAGUACAUGAAGAAACAAAAAUGGCAAGAGAAGGAAGAGUUUAAAAGACUGAAGGCAAAUCACGAGCUGUUGGAAUGUCAAUGUUGUUUCGAAGCAGAGUGCAUGCCCUCAAAGUGUUCGACAUGCAGUGAAGGGCACAUAUUUUGUAAAAGUUGCAUAAAGCUGGGAUCGGCUACUAAAAUAGGUGAAGGACAAACGCAUUUCCCAUGUUUCAUGGAAUGCAAGGGUGAAUUCACACUGCCGGUUCUUCAGAAAGUCCUGGAACCUACCAUGUUUAGUAUACUGCUUCGAAAGCGGCAGGAAGAGGAAGUCAAAGCCGCAGGAUUGGAAGGGCUGAUCUCCUGCCCAUUCUGCCAUUUUGCUUCCAUACCACCGCCUGAAGACAAAGUUUUCAAAUGCCUGAACCCCGAGUGUAUGAAAGAAACCUGUCGGCUUUGCAAGGAAGUAAAUCACGUACCUCUGCGAUGUGACGAAGUAACCAAAGGCGAAGAGGCCAGGCAUUAUCUCGAAGAGAAAAUGACGGAGGCAUUAGUCAGGAAGUGUUACAAAUGCAGCCGUCCAUUUUUCAAGGAUGAAGGAUGCAACAAGAUGACCUGUCCAUGUGGAGCGACGACCUGUUACAUAUGCGGAGAACCUGUCAAAGAUUACAAACACUUUAACGGACAAGGUUCCGAUCGCGCCGAUCUCUGCCCGUUGUGGAGUGAUAACAAAGUAUUGAACGCAGAGACUGUUCGAGUAGUUGCAAAAGCUGCGGAAAAAGAGAUUUUAAAAAAAAAUCCACACCUAAAAAUCGACGCAAGAACGCUGAUGCCUAUGUUGCCGCAAGCUUCUAAGGGACCCCAUCAAGAUAUAGCCAACGGUCACAUUUUGCCGAUACACAUCAGAAGAACGUGAUCUCACCAGAAAUAGUCGGCAACGAGAGAUCGGUCAAUUUUCUAAUUAUAUGAAAGAUUCAAUAUUUUAUUUAUUCGCCCUCUUUUUUUUUAUAUAUCUUUAACUAAAAAAAAUCCUGUACUCGAUAAGUAUUCACAAAUAUACAUUGUUUUCAUGUUACAUGUGUUAAGCUGUGGAUGAUAAUUUUCGAUUACUUUUAAUUUUAUGUUAUUUUAUAAUGUCAACAUCUUGUAAGUCCCAGCAUUAUUAUUAUUAUCAAUAUUGGUGCAGCUAUUACUAUUCUUAUACGAGAUAGUGAGAGGUUGCUCAUAUAAAUAUUAUUUUUGCGUUGAUAAGUUUGCACGUGUUUUUAAAAGAAAAUAGGAAACCGAAAAAUGAAACCACUGCAGUGAUAGGCAAUGUAAUAUUUUGAUCGUUUAUAUCGUCCAGUUUUGUGCUAACGGAAUCCCAAAUAUCUGCUGGCAGUAGAAACCGGAAUCAGAUGAAACUGGAGUGAUUACUUCGUUGUCAAAUAAAAGUUCGAUUGAAAUCAGAAAAUGUUCUAAUUUCAAUAUUUUUGUUUGCAAAUGCCAAGUGUAAAAUUUACAUACUUGUCUAUCUCUAAAUUGAUGGGUUAAAAUCGAAACAAAUCGUUGCCUAAAUUAUAAUCUGGCAUAUAAAUAAAUAAAAAAUAAUAUAAUAACCGCAUAAAUUGAAACUGUUAGUCAAGUAACUGUUACUCUCUUUUUUAGCAAACUUAAUGUUGAAGUACCUGAUGUCAAUUUGUCUUCUGUCUCCAUUUUGUCUGAUCGCUAUUCUUGUAUGCAUUACCGGUACUCAAACACUGAAAAAGGUUUCAAAACUUUAUAAGCAACACAUAAAAGUCAAUCUAGCCAUACAAGUUCCGCGUUAAUUUAUAGUUUAUAAAAAAACCUAUGCUCAUCCGUCAUUCGCGCAACUAAAAUUAUUUUAUAAUUGCUCUAAAAAUAAUUGAUAGUAUGAUAAGACUGUUAGAAAAAUUUAACCUGCGCGUUCUUUCCUAUACAUAUAUUUCAAUUCAAAACUGCUCUAUGAUAUAGUUAUAUUUUUUUCACCUGUUAGCCUGUUGUAAGUCUUGAAGUUACGAUUACACAUAUGUAUAUUCUACGAUGAUAAAUCUUCAUAGUCAUUAUAUAAUAAUUCGUUGAAAAAAUAGAUUGAUACAUUUAUAAUAAAAGGAAAAAAAAAAGCAAAUUAAA